ACACAUGAACGCAAACAGACAUACACACACAUAAAGCAACACACUGCAUCUAAUUUCACAUCAUUUCUAACACUUAAUUCAUGACUUUUUUUGUAACACUGGUUCUAUUUGGCGCUGCUCCGCUUGCUCUCAGCCUCUAACUGUGCUGGCAAACUAAGACUAAAUUAGUCAGAAACCAUACAUUAUCCAUGUUAACACCAAGGAAAUAAUGUCAUUGGCUCAACCUUUCUGUACCCUUCAGCCAUCUCAGUAGGAGCAAUGUGACACCUUCAAGGCCCAGGAGGCAUGUGACAAGGCAAGAACAUAUGUUACUCUGUAUUUUUAUGUGUGUGUGUGUGUGUUGGAGAAGGUGGGUGUUGGUGACAGAGAAGAGCAGAGAAGCUUCAGCUACCGCAGAGAUAUUCAGAAGCUACAACUCUUGGACAUUUUUCAGGGUAACAAAGUGUUGGCCAUCACCAAGAGGAAUACAGUGGCGGUCAUAGCAUUUCUCCAGAAGUGGCCAAUGACAGUCACUUUACAACAAGAAGAAAACAGGAAAACAGGAAGGAGACACGUGGGGAAACCUGCUAUACAAGGUCAGAGAAGACUGAAGCUCAACUCGGCUUUCUUCAGCUGCACCAAAAACAGCUAAACAACAGUUAUGCGGUUGCACUAUUGCACUGUUGAAGCCUUCAGUCCCAAGUGUGAGAGCUGCAGAUACAACAUACUGUACUGAGUCAGGAGAAGUGCUUACUGGACUGAAGAGUGAGACAGUUGGAUUACACAGUGUGCACAUAUUUGCAGUCCGUGGAACGCUGUCACUUCAUUCAUGGUAUAGCGUACACUACGCAUGGUGAUAACACUAGCAGCAACACCAGUGGACCAGCUAUUUUUACUACACAGUCAGAAUCUUUAGAUUUCUGAAUCAGUGGAUCAAAUCUGAAACUUUUAAAAAAUAUAGUUUGUAAAGACUGAUUACUUCCAACCAGACUUUUGGACUACAGAAGAUGCUGAAUUGUUCCCAUGUGCAACAGAGGUCAUUUGCAGGAGUGUGUUAAAUGCAUUCUAUACGGGAUUAAAGCACAUCAAACAGUGCCUGCUAUUUAAACUGAGGUGGAAAAUCAAACACACUGCUGUAUUCAGAGCUAGCAGCAGUCCGUUUUCAUUAGAAAAAUUAAUUUGACAUCCAGUCAGAGGUCUGGUUCUAGGUUCCAGAUGUUCCUUAACACAGUGCUGGUGGUCCUGUCGGACCUGGCGGCCAGGUUCCUGGGUAACACUGUGUUCCGGCAGCACUUCCACCUGUGGCUGUCAGCAGUCGUGAUGUUCGGCCCUGCACUGAGCCUCUGGGUCUCCCAGCACAGCAUCUUUGCCAAGAGAAGCCACUUCCUCUACAGGAUGUUCUUGCGCUCUGGUUGGGGCUGGACCUGCAUCUUUGUCGGCUCCUUUGUCUUCCUCCUCUCCUUCUCCAUCCGUCGCUCCCUCUCUCUCUCCAUCCGUCACCUCUCCCGGCUCGGGGUGGCUGGUGGAUUGUGGCUUGGUUUCUGUAAACUCCUGGACCUUCUGGAGAAUACCACAGGAAGCUGCUAUGAACCUUUACUCACGGCAGAGAUCACCGAUGGGCAGCCUCUGUUGGUGUUGCGAGAAGGGGAGAGUAAGUCAGAGUGCCUCAAAGCUGGAAUGUUGUGGAGGGGGUAUGAAGUUUCAGAAGAUGUCUUCCUCCUCUGUCUCUGCUGCCUGCUGUUGGCUGAGGAAACAGCCGUGUUUGGCCCUUAUCUGAGCCUGGGUGGGAUCUCAGAUGCCCCUCUGAGGAUCCUCUUCCUGUUCUGUGUUCUCCUGCUCGGGCUCUGGAUCUUUCUGCUGCUCUGUCUCUUAGCUUACUUCCCUCAGUUCCCCACUCAGCUGCUAGGAGGCGCUCUGGGGUGUCUGAGCUGGAGGGGACUGUACCAGGGCUGGUACCGCCUGGGGCCCAGCUGGUACUGCCCUGGGAGGCCUGGACUGGGACUGCUCAACAUCAAGACCGGCAGUACUGAAUAGAGCCCGACCGAUAUGGGGUUUUUGGGGCCGAUGCCGAUAUUAAAGUGAAAAAGAGCCAAUUUA